UUUCGUAUUGUGUAGCUUACCAAACAAAGAAGCCAUUCAUUGCAGAUGGGAAGUGCCUGCUCUUCCAAAACGGCGGUGCAGGUGCGUCCUGCUGACGAUGUAGUUCCUUCUGCUCCACACCAGCCAGCCUCUGGCGCGCCGCCUGUGCAAAGCAGCCACCAAGCUACCCGGGCAAUGAGUGAUCCUGCAGGCGGCUCGCAAAGGCCUGCGCAGAAAGACAUAGAAGUAGUACCGCAAGCCAAGCCAAAAGCCAAGCCGAUGUCCUUGAUCAAGGCGAUCAAGGCAAAUGACUUAGCGGUGGUGGAGGAACUGCUGCAGUCGCCGGAUUGCAACAUGGAGGCCUUGGGCAUGUGGGACAACACUCCGCUGCUGGCAGCCUGCAUGUACGGCCACUCGGAGGUAGCGCUGCGGCUGAUAGCACGGGGAGCCGAUGUGUUUGCCAGGAACGAGCAUGGCGCCACGGCCCUGCAUUAUGCCUCUGUGGAAGGGUGCCUAGACGUCACUGCUGCCUUGCUGGAGGCGGCUCCGACAGGUGAGGCGGAGCGGCUAGUGAACUGCAGCAUGGUGAAGGUGUACAACAGGCACUUGGAUGCCUAUGGUGAGCGUACGCCUUUGGCCUCCGCGGCAGAAAGUGGCUUCCAGGGGGUGGCAGAGCUGCUGUUGACCCACGGGGCCAAGGCCGAUGAGGCAGACGAGGAUGGAAGGACUCCGCUAUGGCUUGCGGCACGGCAUGGCAAGAGCGGGGCCGCAAAGCUUCUGCUGGCUCAUGGCGUCGACAUCUCCCACAGAGACAAGGACGGUGUCUCAGUUCUAGGCGCCGCCACUUCUGGCACCUGCAACGAGGAGCUGGUCCUGGCGCUUUUGGCCCAGGGCCUGGACGUCAACAAGACGGCCGGCUCGCCGUUGCGCGAUGCUGUCAAGAGCAAUAAGAAGGGCGUGGUGGAAUCACUGCUCACGCAUGGUGCGAAUGUGAAUUCCACCAGCAGCGGUGCCACGGCGCUGCACGCUGCUUGUGAGCGCGGGGACGAGUACCUUGUGCACUUGCUGGUCCGGUCCCGCGCUGACCCUUCCAUCAAUGACGAAUCUGGAGCAACAGCCUUUGACUUGCUACGCCGCCGUGGGCUUCCUGAUGGAAAGAUCGUGGCAAUGCUGAGCCCUCCAACCUCAGAUGACGAUGGUGGCACCGGAAGCGCGGCGAGCGGCCAAGGUUGACACCAGCCCGUGCUUUCUUCUGAGAAGAGCCGAGUCCCGCUGGGUGCGACCAGUUUUUUCUUUUUCGUUGGCAAUUGUUACCUUUGCCGGUGGCAAGCGUACCUGCCUUUUCCGAACCAAUUCAGUGCUUGGUCUGACCCAAGUCAGCCCUGCACCUGAGGAGGUGCAGUGAUUGCCAAGCUGUACAAGCAUGAUUCAGCUGUGAAGCUAGCAGCUGCUCAAUCCGCUCAG